CCGAUCUUGAAUGGACGAAGUUUCAUUAGCUCUAGUGUUAUUGUUACGUAUGCUGUUAAGCUAAGGUGUCGUCAUUUAAAUUUGAAUUUACCAACGUGUUAUAGUUAUGGAUAGGUAAAAGCAGACUGUAUAGCUUCUUUCGUAUUGGAUCUGGCUAUCAUACAGACUAAAGAUGGCCCAGACUGGAAAAGAAGGCAACAAAAAGGUUUUAUUUAAUAUAUCGGAAUCAAUAGAUGCAGAAGAGGACUCGGGUCUGCCUGAAGCUGAAGCGGACCAACAUCAGAAUAAUGCUGUUAAAGAUGAUGCAUCAGAUUCUUCACAUUUUUCUAGUCCAGAAGCACAUAAUCCACCUAAACCAGGCAUGAGGCACACUAUGUCCGGAGUCAAUUUGGAUACAAACAGAUUAUCAAGACGUGCUAGCUUAAAAGAUUUUUGUGUUGCUACACCAGAGGAGUUUGUAAAGAAAUUUGGAGGAAAUAAAGUAAUCAACAAGGUUCUUGUAGCCAAUAAUGGAAUUGCUGCUGUUAAAUGUAUGCGCUCUGUCAGACGAUGGGCGUAUGAAAUAUUUCGCAAUGAAAGAGCAAUACGAUUUGUUGUUAUGGUUACACCAGAAGAUCUGAAAGCAAAUGCCGAAUAUAUUAAGAUGGCUGAUCAGUAUGUACCAGUUCCAGGUGGUUCUAACAAUAAUAAUUAUGCUAAUGUAGAAAGGAUAUUAGAUAUUGCUAAAAGAACACAAGUCCAGGCUGUAUGGGCAGGAUGGGGUCAUGCUUCUGAAAAUCCUAAACUGCCAGAACUCCUUCAUAAGAAUGACAUUUCAUUUAUUGGUCCACCAGAAAAUGCUAUGUGGUCAUUAGGAGAUAAAAUAGCUUCAUCUAUAGUAGCACAAACAGCAGAUGUUCCAACAUUGCCAUGGAGUGGUUCAGGAUUAAAGCUACAACUUACUGAAGCUGAGAAGUCCUCGGGAAAGUUAAAUGUGCCCAGUGAAAUUUAUAAUAAAGGUUGUACUAGAACUGUGGAUGAAGGUUUAGCAUCAGCUACAAAAAUAGGAUUUCCUGUAAUGAUCAAGGCAUCAGAAGGUGGUGGUGGAAAGGGUAUUAGAAAAGCUGAAAAUUCUGAAGAAUUCCCAAAUCUUUUCAGACAGGUACAGGCAGAAGUACAAGGAUCUCCAAUAUUUAUAAUGAAACUUGCAUCUGCUGCCAGACAUCUUGAAGUACAGCUUCUAGCAGACAUGUAUGGUAAUGCUAUUUCCUUAUUUGGACGUGACUGUUCAAUUCAGCGUCGUCAUCAGAAAAUCAUUGAAGAAGCUCCAGCAAUCAUUUCCAAAAGUGAAGUUUUCGAGAAAAUGGAAAAGUCGGCUGUAACCUUAGCUAAGAUGGUAGGAUAUGUGAGUGCUGGUACUGUAGAAUAUUUAUAUAAUGCUGAUGAAGAUAACUUCCAUUUCCUGGAGUUAAACCCUAGGUUACAAGUAGAACAUCCGUGUACUGAAAUGAUAGCAGAUGUCAAUUUACCAUCUGCACAACUUCAGAUUGCCAUGGGUAUACCAUUAUACAGAAUUAAAGAUAUCCGUUGUUUAUAUGGUGAAGAACCAUGGGGUGAAAAUAAGAUAGAUUUUGACUCACCACAAGUUGAACCUGUACCUAAAGGGCAUGUAAUAGCAGCUAGAAUAACAAGUGAAAACCCAGAUGAGGGAUUUAAACCAAGUUCUGGUACAGUACAAGAAUUGAACUUCAGAAGUAAUAAGAAUGUAUGGGGAUAUUUUAGUGUGGCUGCAUCAGGUGGUUUACAUGAAUUUGCUGAUUCACAGUUUGGACAUUGUUUUUCCUGGGGAGAGGAUAGAGAAGAUGCUAGAGAGAACCUGGUUGUUGCUUUGAAGGAACUGUCAAUCCGUGGUGAUUUUCGAACCACUGUAGAAUAUCUUAUAAAACUAUUAGAAACUGAAGCGUAUCAACAGAAUUAUAUAACAACAGCUUGGUUAGAUAAACUUAUAGCUGAGAAAGUACAAGCUGAAAAACCUGAUACAAUACUAGGUGUCAUAUGUGGAGCUUUACACAUUGCUGAUAAAAAAAUACGUAGUAAUUUUACAGAUUUCCAAACUUCACUUGAAAAAGGUCAGAUUCUUCCGUCUUUCUCCUUGAAGAAUAAUGUCAGUGUUGAAUUUAUUUAUGAAGGAAUGAAAUACUGUAUGGAGGUUAUAAAAACAGGACCAAAUGGAUAUUUUUUGUGUAUCAAUAACUCCCAUAUGGAUGUUGAGGCUCAUAGAUUAACAGAUGGAGGAUUGUUACUAUCUAUUGAUGGUUCUAGUUAUACAACAUACAUGAAAGAACAAAUUAGCUCAUAUAGAAUUACUAUAGGCAAUAAAACCUGUGUUCUUUAUAAAGAAAAUGAUCCAACUAUAUUAAGAUCUUCUUCAGCUGGUAAAUUGAUCAAUUAUUUAGUUGAUGAUGGUGGCCAUGUUUUUGCUGGUGAUGUAUUUGCUGAAAUAGAAGUUAUGAAGAUGGUCAUGGAAUUGACUGUCACAGAAAGUGGCUGUGUUCAUUAUGUUAAAAGACCUGGAGCUGUGUUAGAACCAGGUAGUGUUGUAGCACAUCUUAAACUAGAUGAUCCUAGUCGUGUUCAACAGGCUGAACCAUUUAAUGAUAAAUUACCUGUAUCUAGCAGUCCAUCAACACAUGGUGAUAAAUUACAUCAAGUAUUUCAGAGUGCUAGAACUUUACUAGAAAAUAUACUCUCAGGAUAUAUCAUACCAGAACCUUAUUUUAAAGAACGUUUAUCAGCUACUGUAGAAACUAUGAUGAAAUGUCUCAAAGACCCUUCACUACCUCUGUUAGAACUUCAGGAAUUAAUAUCCAUGAUCUCUGGUCGAGUUCCAGUUAAAGUGGAGAGGUCUAUACGUAAACUGAUGUCUUCUUAUGCCAGUAAUAUUACAUCAGUUUUAUGUCAGUUUCCUAGUCAACAGAUAGCUAAUGUUAUUGAUAGCUAUGCUGCUACUUUAACUAGACGAGCCGAACGUGAUGUAUUCUUUAUGACAACUCAGGGUAUAGUACAAUUAGUACAACGAUAUAGAAGUGGUAUACGUGGACACAUGAAGUCAGUCGUACAAGAUUUACUCAGACAAUAUCUGAAGGUGGAGUUGCAGUUUCAACAAGGUCAUUAUGAUAAAUGUGUGUAUCAGAUACGUGAAAGAAAUAAAGAUGAUAUGGCAACAGUUGUAGCUACAAUAUUUUCACAUCUAGCAGUACAACUUAAAAACACCAUGGUUAUAAUGUUAAUUGAUCAUCUGUGUGGUAAAGAACCUGGUUUAACGGAUGAACUAGCUACAAUAUUAUCAGAAUUAACACAACUUAAUAAAACAGAAAAUGCUAAAGUGGCUCUUAGAGCUCGACAAGUAUUAAUAGCUGCGCAUCAGCCUCCAUUUGAACUUCGACAUAACCAAAUGGAGUCCAUCUUCCUUUCAGCAGUAGAUAUGUAUGGCCAUGAUUUCUGUCCAGAAAAUCUUCAGAAAUUGAUUAAUUCAGAAACUGCCAUUUAUGAUAUUUUGCAAGAGUUUUUCUUUCAUCAAAAUGAUCUUGUAAAGAUGGCUGCCUUAGAGGUAUAUAUCAGAAGAGCUUAUAUUGCUUAUGAACUAAAUUGUUUACAACAUGUACGUCUAGAUAAUGGUUUGUGUAUUGUAGAAUUUAGAUUCUUAUUACCCAGAUCACAUCCUAAUAGAUUGAUGGUUACACGGUUUGAUAGCGGUUUGUUACGUCUGGCUCCUAUGAAUGAUGACUUAAAUUUUGGAUCAUCUGAACAUUUUGAAGAAUCACCAAUAUGUCAAAGAAUGGGUGUCAUGGCAGCUUUCAAUACUUUUGAAGAAUUUCAACCAAACUUUCAUUAUUUAUUGGAGAGAUUUAACUGUGAAUCCCCCCCUAAUAGUCCAGCUAUAGGAUUACAUGAUAAUGGUUAUGAUCUGGAUGCUGAAACCUUGUCCAAUCGGAGUACCUCAGAUAUAGAUGAUCCUAUUCAUAUUAUAAAUAUUGGUAUACAUAGUCAUGCUGAAUUAAAUGAUGAUGUUAUUUCUGGUCAGUUUCAAGCUUUCUGUAAAGAAAAUGAAGCAGCUCUAUAUGAAAGAGGAAUUAGAAGAGUGACAUUUGUCGUUUUAUAUAAGAGAAAGAUACCUAAAUAUUUCACAUACAGAGCUAAGUUUGAAACGGAAAAUGAGAGUACUUGGUUCUAUAAUCCUUCUACUUCUUCUUCAUGUAGUGUCAAGUUUCAUGAAGAUAGAAUUUAUCGCCAUCUGGAACCAGGAUUAGCCUUCCAGCUGGAGAUUAACAGAUUACGUAAAUUUGAUCUAGAGAUUAUUCCUACUGCAAAUUAUAAGAUGCAUUUAUAUUUUGGAAAGGCCAAGGUUGUGAAAGGUCAAGAGGUUACAGACUAUCGUUUUUUUGUACGAUCUAUUAUUCGUCAUUCAGAUCUUGUUACCAAAGAAGCAUCCUUUGAAUAUCUACAAAAUGAAGGUGAAAGAACAUUAUUAGAAGCUAUGGAUGCUUUAGAAGUAGCCUUUUCUCAUUCUUAUGCGAUCAAAACUGAUUGUAAUCAUAUCUUCUUAAACUUUGUACCAACUUUAACCCUUACCGAACCUGGAAAGCUAGAAGAUACAGUACGUAAUAUGGUAAUGAGAUAUGGUAGCAGAUUGUGGAAAUUACGAGUUUUACAAGCUGAACUCAAAUUUACUAUUAGAAUUUCUACAACAGGAACAAGUUUUCCAAUAAGAUUAUUUCUAACUAAUGACAGUGGUUAUUAUCUAGAUAUAAACUUAUAUAGAGAAAUAACAGACCAAAGAACAGGACAGGUUAUGUUUCAAGCUUAUGGAGCUAAACAAGGACCAUAUCAUGGUUUAUUUGUUAGUUCACCUUAUUUAACUAAAGAUCAUCUACAAUUAAAACGUUUUCAAGCUCAAUCCAGUGGUACAACCUAUGUUUAUGAUUAUCCGGACAUGUUUAAAAUGGCCCUGUUUAAAUUAUGGAAGGAAUAUUAUUUCCAAACUAAACAGACAGAUAUAGAACCAACAGAUGAUGUAUUUCAAUCUAUAGAACUCGUUGUUGAUAACCAUGGUAACCUUCUACAACAAAAUAGACUUCCUGGUGAAAACGAGAUUGGAAUGGUUGGCUGGAAGAUGUCAAUGAAAACACCAGAAUAUCCAGCAGGACGUGAGAUUAUUGUUAUAGCUAAUGAUAUGACACAUAAGAUUGGAUCAUUUGGUCCUCAAGAAGAUAUUCUAUUUCAGAGAGCAUCUGAACUAGCUAGAAAAUUGGGUUUACCACGUAUUUAUAUAGCAGCUAAUAGUGGAGCUAGAAUAGGUCUAGCUGAAGAAGUUAAACAUUUGUUCCGUGUAGCAUGGUUAUGUAAUAAAGAUCCUAACAAGGUACUCUUCAUGUUUUUACUUUGA